AUCGGCUAUCUCUUUCUUGUGGCCUAUAUUGACAUAAGAAUUAUAUUUUGAAUUUAAUACCUUUUAGUUUCAACCUGAAAGAAAAAUAAUCAAUUUAUUGUUUGGUUCCAUUUUAAUUAUUUAGCCGGAUUUCUCUGUUUUAAAUUAAGAUUUUGCUGCUUCUGUGUUCAUAAUGGCUAAAGUGGAACAACCAAUAUUCAUAUUACCAAAGAAACGGAAUGGAAAAAAGCAAAAUCCAGUCGCUAGCCAUGUCGACCACAUCAUAAGUGUUCAGGGUGCAAUUGAUGCAGAAAUGCCAACGAAAUACAAAAACGGGCUCUCGCCAGUGACAGAACAUGUUGUGAAUGGCAUCAUCCACUCCACAAUGGAAGGACUCAAAUCUAAUAUGAAGAUCAAUCUCCCAAUAAUAAAUGAUGUGAAUGAUGAAGACUUGAAUGAAGUAAAUUCUGAUGACCCUCAAAAGGUGCAAAGCAGUCAGAAUAAUGGCUAUCAACCACUUUCUACGGUACAUUCGAGCAGGGAGAUUAUUGAUCUGUCCCCCAUUUAUGAGAACUCGUCAGAUGCAUGCUCCAGCCAUGGAGACCUGAGAGAGGGCAAUGAAAGUGACAUCCAAAAGAGUUGCCGCAUCUUGAACUCGGAUAUUAACGAAAGUUCCUCUGCUACACCAAACAGCUUAUCUCAAACCCAAUCAGAAAACAGCUUCGAAAUGGGAACACUAACAGACAGCUUAAAAAAUAGUGCUAAAAGGAAAAAGAGGGUCAAUAUUGUCCCUGGCAUAGUGGAAUCUGAGCACACAGACACUGAGAUUACUGCUCUAAGAGUUGAGUCAGAAGGUUCAAUUUCACCUGAGUGCUCUUUGACUGAAAACUCUAAAGAUGCCUAUCUGACUAUGACAGGAACAAUCAAAAGAGGAAAGAAAAAAGGACAGAAUGUUGAUGUCAAACUGAACAUAUCAAGAGAGGAACUGGAGAUUAUUGAAGCAGCAAUAGUGGCAGAGGAAUACAACAAGAUGGAUAUAUCAAAAUGUUCUCUAUACAACGGUUUACAUGUAUUCCUUUUCAGCUUGAUCUGCAUACCAUUUGUGGCAUGCAUCUCUGCGAUGUAUUCUUUUUAUAUUGGCACCAUGACUUGGUAUAACAUAUUCUCUCAUGUUACUGAGAAUUUCAGCUAUGUCAAAAAGGUGUUGCUAGCGCCUGUGGUAAUAUUGUCUUACCCGUUUUUGAUAGUGAUAUUUACUACUGGGUUGGGGUUGUACGCUGGGAUAGUUCAGCUGACCUUCAGUGGGGCCAACUGGUGGAAGGAUGUGUGUGAUUUUGAGAAAGGUUUUUACGGGUGGCUUUGUAGCACUCUAGGUAUGUCUGAAUGUAGUCCGUAUGAGGUUGUUAUUCUGAUGGAUGUAAAACCAUAGUAGAAUUUUGUAUUUAUACCUAAUUUUCGAUAAAAAGGUGUAAAAUUAACUUACUUAUUGCUUGUAAGUUGACUGAUGUAUCUGCUGAUAUAAAUUUAAGUGUAGUGUGUUUAUCUAACUAUUUAUUAAGUGUUGUAUCGAGGCAGGGAUUCAGCGAAGUGUGCUCUAUUCCUAAGUGGAAAAAGAGUGUAAUGGAAUGGGAACAAACUGUGGUUGAUAAAAUUGCAUUUUCUGAUCUCAAACAUGAACUAUGUUUGCUCAAUUUUUUCUUCCAAAUAACAGCUAAGUUUGCCACUUUUUCUAGUCAUAUUGAACUGAUAUCUUUUAACAUACUCAUAUUUGUAUUGUAGUGUGUAAAGUUUUACAUAUCUGUUGUGUAAGGUCAAUAUUGUGUGUGUGUAAUUUUUAUUGGCAUUGUGAAAAUCAAUGACCUUUGCAAUAGUUUUGAAUGACACAAGUAUUAUGAUUGUAUUUUUACAUAUUUUGAAUCUAUUUUAUUUAUUUAGAUUGUUUUUUUUAUUUUAUGGAUUUUAAUAAUUUAUAAGAGGAAUAUACUAUACUCAGUUUUAACCAAAAGACAAGAUGUAGUUUUAGGAUUUUUA